UCCCCACCCCACCGCACUGAAGAUGGGCGGCGCGUUUGCCAAGAUAUUCGGCAGCAAGGAGAUGAGGAUACUGAUGCUGGGCUUGGACGCCGCCGGCAAGACCACCAUCCUGUACAAGCUGAAGCUGGGCCAGUCGGUCACCACCAUCCCCACGGUGGGUUUCAACGUGGAGACGGUCACCUACAAGAACGUGAAGUUCAACGUGUGGGACGUCGGCGGCCAGGAUAAGAUCAGGCCGCUGUGGCGGCACUACUACACGGGGACGCAGGGGUUAAUCUUCGUGGUGGACUGCGCCGACCGCGAUCGCAUCGACGAGGCCAAGCAAGAGCUGCACCGGAUCAUCAACGACCGCGAGAUGAGGGAUGCCAUCAUUCUGAUCUUCGCCAACAAGCAGGACCUGCCCGAUGCCAUGAAGCCACACGAGAUCCAGGAGAAGUUGGGGCUGACCAGGAUCAGGGACAGGAAUUGGAUGUGGAUGCUACUAGCAAGGCCAUCCCUAGUUGGUCUUGAGAAGGUGGUGGUGAACCCUUCUACUCGUACCACUGCAGUCCAGUGGUGAAGGUCCUCCCACAAAGUUGUUAGGUCAGGAAUUACAGGAUUUUGACCCAGAGACACUGAAGAAAUGACCAAUACACAUCCAAGUGGGAAUGUUGCAUGACUUGGAGGAGAACUUGGAAGUUGUAGUGUUCCCACACACCUACUGGCCUUGUCCUUCUAGGUGGUGGAAAUCAUGGGCUUGGGAGGCGUAGUAUAAGAGUAUCUGGCAUAGCAAGGGUUAA